UCCCUUUAAACGUUGGCCUCUUGUUAGUCGAUGCAAUCAUCUUCUUGCCACGAUUGGUACAGCACCCACACGAAUCGAGACGCAUAUGCAGCUGAGAACAAAAACAUUCGAUCGAGUAAAAUAGAAAACAAAAUUCAUCUUUUUGGUUGCCGGAUCAUCCUAUUGACCGACCAAAACGACACGAUCGAGGCUAGUGAAUUAUUGGAGAGGAAGGAACGAUAGCAAGCGAAAAGAGGAGAAAGAAGAAGAAGAAGCUGCUGAUGUGUGGCUGUGCAUCUGGAGAGGACGCAAUGGAGACCAGGCGUCCUCUGCAUCCGCUGCUCCUCUUCUUCUCGCCAUGGCUUCUGCUGCUGCUGCUUCUUGUUGUUCAAGGCGUGAGGUCGCUGCAGUUCACGCGAGACGAUUUCCCUGACGGAUUCACGUUUGGAGCCGGGACUGCGGCUUUCCAGCUUGAUCUUUUCCUGCUACUGGUUGCUCUGCUCCUACCUGCAGAUUCAAUUCAGGGCAUGAAUUGAAUUUGCAUGGUUUGGUUUUGGAUUUUUCAGUAUGAGGGUGCAGCUGCAGAGGAUGGGAGGACACCAAGCAUCUGGGACACCUACGCUCACUCAUGGAGGAAUCCGGGAGGAGAAACAGGUGAUGUGGCAUGUGAUGGCUAUCACAAGUACAAGGAAGAUGUAAUGCUAAUGAAUGAGACAGGCCUGGAGGCUUAUAGGUUCACCAUUUCUUGGUCGAGGCUCAUUCCGAGUGGGAGAGGAGCGGUUAAUCCAAAAGGCUUGCAGUUUUACAAUAGUAUGAUAAAUGAGCUAGUAAAAGCAGGUAUUCAGAUUCAUGCUGUUCUGUACCAUAUAGAUCUUCCACAGAGCCUUCAAGAUGAGUACGGUGGAUGGGUUAGCCCCAAAGUUGUGGAUGACUUCGCAGCAUACGCUGAUGUGUGCUUCCGCGAGUUCGGUGACAGAGUCGCGCAUUGGACAACUUCCAUUGAGCCAAAUGUCAUGGCUCAAUCUGGCUAUGACGAUGGGUAUCUCCCGCCAAAUCGUUGCUCGUAUCCGUUUGGCAGAAGCAACUGCACACUAGGAAAUUCCACGGUUGAGCCAUACUUGUUCAUACACCACACCCUGCUAGCUCAUGCUUCAGCUGUUAGACUUUACAGGGAAAAGCACCAAGCUGCACAGAAGGGCGUUGUCGGCAUGAACAUAUACUCCAUGUGGUUCUACCCACUCACAGAGUCAACUGAAGAUAUUGCUGCCACUGAAAGAGUAAAGGAUUUCAUGUAUGGAUGGAUCUUGCAUCCUUUGGUGUUUGGAGAUUACCCAGAGACCAUGAAGAAGGCCGCCGGUUCCCGUCUUCCAUUAUUCUCUGACUACGAAUCUGAGCUGGUUACUAAUGCGUUCGACUUCAUUGGGUUGAAUCAUUAUACCUCAAAUUAUGUGAGCGAUAAUAGUAACGCAGUAAAGGCGCCGCUACAGGAUGUCACUGACGAUAUUUCUUCUUUGUUCUGGGCCAGCAAGAAUAGCACACCUACUCGAGAGUUUCUACCAGGGACCUCAUUAGAUCCUCGGGGGCUAGAGCUCGCGCUUGAAUAUCUUCAGGAAAAGUAUGGAAAUUUGCUGUUUUAUAUCCAGGAAAACGGUAGUGGAUCAAAUGCAACCCUGGAUGAUGUGGGGAGGAUUGACUGCUUGACACAAUACAUUGCAGCCACGCUGCGAUCCAUCAGGAAUGGCGCCAACGUGAAGGGAUACUGCGUGUGGUCAUUCAUGGAUCAGUACGAGAUGUUUGGCGAUUACAAGGCGCAUUUCGGCAUUGUUGCCGUCGAUUUUGGCAGCGAAGAACUGACAAGGCAGCCCAGGCGCUCUGCUAGAUGGUACUCGGACUUCUUGAAGAACAAUGCUGUCAUCAAGGUGGAUGAUGGUUCUGUCUCCACAGCCUUCCAUGCUCAGCUUUGAGUGAUGGGUGCUACUACUCUGAACACCAUCCUGUAUGCUCUCCUGCAAGAACAAUUCUGUUUUAGUGGCAUAUCAUCAUGUAUCUACCAAUUUUCAGAGUUGGAAGUCGUCAAUAGGUACAUUGGUAAAAUUAUCACGAAACCUGAGAUUGAGGCCAUUCGCAUGGUUUCGGGUGUGCACUCUGGUGUAUACCCUUCCUCGAUAGCCAACUGUCGAUGAAAAAUUUUCUUGUAACCGUUUAUUCCCUCUCUCUUAAUGCCAUUGGAUGUCCUUUCUUUGGUCAUCCCGGUAAAAAAGAGAUUGAAGCCAUUGUAUGAUAGUAUCACAAAUUUAACACUUUCUCUUCUUUUUU